AUGGAUCGACUUGUUCGCAAAAUUAAUAGUAGCCCCAAGUCUAAACGGAAAACACUCGUCCAAACCGAAGACAAUUUUGGUGUUCCAUUAAAAGUUCUGCUUGAUCGAGAUUCUACAAAACCGGUCCCUCGAAUUGUUAAAAAUAUUUGUGACUAUUUGCUUCAUUAUGGUCUCAAUUCACAAGGAAUUUUUCGCAUCAACGGGAGUGCCAAACUAAUCGACGGAUUCAAAACAACCUUUCAGAUUUCGGCUGCCGACGAUUUAUGCACUUUAGAAAAUGUCGACAUAUAUGCUCUUGCUGGUGUUUUAAAGUUAUUUCUUCGUGAACUUCCUGAUGGACUGGUUCCGGAAAAACUUGGGCUUAAGUGCAUAAAGAUUGCAAAAGAAUAUUCAAAUGAUUUAAAUGUAUACAUACUUAAACUGCAAACUGUAUUAUUUACACUGGUACAUGAAAACUAUGAGCUCUUAAAAUAUUUGUGUAAGUUUUUGAACAAGAUCGCGGAAAAUGAACCCGUCAAUAAAAUGUCACACAAUAGUUUAGGAAUUAUAUUUGGUCCCUGUGUAUUUCGUUGCAGUUUAGAUUUGCAGGUUUUGAAGAACCAAGGUUUAACGAAUUACGUAAUGACUUCACUCAUCCAAUACCAUGAUGCUAUAUUUGUUCAUCAUCCUAAAACGGACUUUUUCGUAUUAGACCAUUUGUUUAAAUUACCGGAACUUGUCUCUAACUCUGCUAUACCGAACCUUGAAGAUCGAGUUCAGUCAUCGAGUGACAUAUCAACGAGCUCCAAUCACAAUAAUAGUCCAGAACUUAUCAGUUGCCUACAGGGAAACAAAUUUUCACAUGUUGUGGAAGCUCUACCUUUGAGUCUUGAAAACUCAAAUAAGCCUGGACCCGAUAAUCAACUAUGGAUGUCUUCUUCUUCUAGUGAACCGAAAAUCCCCCGAACAAGCCCCUGUCAUAAUACACCAGAUUCAGUAUGUGAUGUUACAGUUGGCAGCAAUCUCUCUAAUGUUAGCUCUCCGUUUCAAGACUUUGUGUCAUCUAGCCAAAACAAAGAAUGUCUUGUUUGUCCAUCAACCUCAUCCACACCUAGCCCAAUCGCUUUCGAAGUUUCAAGUACUCCAACAUUUGUGAGCCGGAACAAUUCGUUUUCAUUUAAUGAAGAGAAUACUGAAGAGUCUCCAGAGUCAAGUGAACAAGUGCUUUGCACAAAAACAUCGGAACAACUUGCAUUAGAUAUUACAAGUAUCAUUUCGUCCAUGGCUACAUCCCGUUCUCUAGAGACAAUGUGCUUCGAAAUACAGCCUGAUGAUUACUUCAAUAAUUCUACCCAGAUGUCAAGUUGUAGUGAGAAGCCUAAUCAAGAAAACUCAAGAGAAAAGUUACGUACUUCUGGUGUGCUAUCAAGGUCAUUAAACAAAGUUUCAAAAGGUGGUAGUUUGUUCAAUAAAGUGGUUCACUUUACCCACGUCACUGACAAUCCGAAUAAAAUAAACAGAACUUUCAGCCAUCGCAAACGUAAAGGCAAAAAAUCAAGUGUUGAUCCAAUAAGUACUUGGAAUUCCAUGCCUUCUGUGCAAAAUGAAACGAUUAAAACUUCACCUACAUUAAUGGAUUCUUGUGUGCCAGUUUACGGUGAAGGUCUUUGUAGUCAGUCUGCACAACCUGGAAAUAUUAUAUCAGAUACUUUGGAAUACAACGGGUACCGGUUUCCGAAUGCUGACAAUACUUGCCGAUUUGUAAGCUUGCAAAAGGAUGACUUCAAUGCAGAAAAUGUACAAAAUACACCUAAUUCACCGCAUACAUCUACCUCCAUACCAGUCAGCGAAAAUCAUUUGUACAUGGAAAUACCGGCUGCUAACAAUGAGUUUACCAAUUUAGUCGCUAAUAAUCAACCAUCUCCAGUUAUAGAGAAUAUUUUGACUGAAGCGGUAAACCAGUGUUCCGACAAUCCUGUUUUUUCCUUCUCUGUGAAGCAGUCUCCUGAAAGAAAUCCAAUAAUUACAAAGCAAAGGAUAAAGCAACAGCAUUCAGUUUAUGAUCGAUUGCUGACAUCAAGUCAAAAUGAAAAAGAUCUUCAAUCUCACAGAGUUCAAUUAACUGAAUCAGAUGAUUUUGUCAAAUCACCAAAAGAAUAUUCUACUGACAUUUCCUAUUGCACACAACAUUUAAAUACAAGAAAAUCUAUGUUAAGUUUAUCAAAUAAAACUCACAGUGAAUCGGAUUUAUUGUAUAUCAAAAACCGUUUAUCACAUUGUAUAAAAUUAAAAUACACAUCGUUACAACAUUUGAUCAUAAAUGAAUUAUCAAGCCUAAAAACAUUAUCCAAUUUUAAAUUGAUUAAUCAGGAAAAAUCAGCUAAUGUUCCAGUAAAAAUGCCUGAAAAUUUAUUAUUUCCUAAUAAAGAAGAACCAAAUAUUGUAUUGAUUUCAUCUUCCACUAUUCCAGUCAUUAGACGAGUAAAAUCAUUUUCAUCAAACAGUUGUACAUCUUCAAUAAAACUGCAUCCUUCCUUAAGAAAGUACUCAUCACAAUCGAUAAAAUUAAAUUCAAAAGAUUUUUGUGAAAAUUCAGUAAGUCAUAAUGUUGACGAUGAUAAUGCUGAUGAUGUAGUAUUAAAACGGUCAAAUUCAUCACUGACAUCUAUUGAAUCAUUCUAUGAACUUUUAUCUGCUGUAUUAUCUAAACAGCGUCAACAUUGUAAUCGUCCUGAACGAUUGAGCGAAAUGAACUGGGACCAAAUUGAACAAGAGAAAUAUGAUAUUCAAAAAAGUCUCUUGUAUUUUGAAGGUCUUUAUGGACGACCUAAAAGUCCUAAAACGAAACGAAUUAUGAAACCGAUAUAUGAACGUUAUCGUCAGGUUAAACGUCUUAUUUCUUCUCGAUAUGGAGUUUAUAAUGAAUUUCCAUUUGGAAUUGAUUUAUCUCGUUUAAAAGUAUCCACUAACAAUCCAGUAGUUGAUGUUGAUGUUAAUGAAAAAUUCACAAAUAAAGAAUCAAAUGUACUAGUUUCAAAUGAAUUAAUGGAUAUUUUAAACACUUCAUCUAGUGGAUCUUCAGAAUUCGUACAGGAUACUAUUCAUCAUGUUAAUUAUGAAUCUGAUUCAAGUACAUCUCAAGAUAUUUAUAAGAAUAAAGAAUCUAACUUCCCGGUUAAAGAUGAUCAAAGAAAUUGUAUUUUUCAAUCAUCAAUAAAACAUAAUCGUGUAACAAUUGAAAACAAUCAAAAUUCAAGUAUUCCAUUUAAUUUAAGCCAUCGAAGAUCAUUUAUCAGACCAGAUGACCACAAGAUCCAACUGUAA